AUGCUCGGGAGCUCGGCGGCUCUCGGCUCGGAGCUCGGCCUCUGCUUCGCUCACUGCACAGAGACAAACAUGGAGAAAAACCCCAACAACAGCAGCAAGGUUCCGCCCCGCGCCAGCUCCAGCGGACCCACAGCUGGUGAUUCCAAGCCCAAAGCAGAGAGUAAAAAUAAUGGAGGCUCAAAGCGGUACAACCGCAAGCGAGAGCCUUCUUUCCCCAAAGCUGACAGUUUUUCCGGUCCACGACGCACCAAUUCACAGAAAGGCAAAAGUUUUGACAAGAGACCCCUCCAGAGAGGUGGUGGGCGUCAGUAUGGAGUUGCAGGCGGAGGACGACGUGAGGAGGUAGCAGAGACGCGCCGGGCCGAGUUUAGCCCGGCUCAGUUUGCUGGACCUAAGAAAAUAAGUUUAAACCACCUGCUGAACUUUACGUUUGAGCCUCGUGGUGGGAAUGGUGGAGGUGAUGUCGGCCCAUCCUGCUGGGGGCGACGCAACAAAUGGGGCCACAAGCACAAGCCCUUUAACAAGGAGCUAUUCCUGCAGGCAAAUUGUCAGUUUGUGGUUGCUGAUGACCAGGACUACAAGGCGCACUUCACUGAUCCAGACACUCUGGUUAAUUGGGACUGUGUGCAACAAGUGCGUAUUUACAGUCAUGAGGUGCCAUCUUGUCCCAUCUGUCUCUACCCUCCGGUGGCGGCACACAUCACACGUUGUGGACACAUUUUCUGCUGGCCAUGUAUGCUUCACUACCUGUCUCUUAGUGACAAGAGCUGGUCAAAGUGCCCAAUCUGCUACGAGGCAGUACACACCGGUGAUCUGAAAAGUGUUGUUGCAAUGGAGACAAGGCAGUAUAUGGUUGGUGACAUCAUAACUAUGCGCCUGAUGCGGAGGGAGAAAGGAGCCUUGGUUGCACUGCCCAGCUCACAGUGGGUGAAAGUGGAGGAACCUAUUCAAUAUGGAGAUUUUUGUCUCAGCCCCUAUUCCAAGCUGUUGCUGAUUUCUCCAGAGCAGGUUUUGGAAAUGGUGGGGGAAGAAAAGGCUGCUCUGCACUCACAGCUCAGCCAAAAAGAUGAGCCUCAGGACUGCUUCAUCCAGAGCGCUCUAUGUCUUUUAAAGGAAAGAGAGGAAGGAUUGUUGAAGCAGCAAAAAUCUAAUGCAGACAAUAGUUUUGACUUGUCCUCCCUGACUCUUGAAGAACCACCGCCUCCAUUUGAAGUGAUUACAACUAGCUGCAGCACUAAGCCGGUGCUGCAGUACGCCUCAGCCUUUGAUGACGAGGUGUUGGAGAUGCUGGAGGAGGACUCUGAGCAGCCACAGCUUCCUGAAGGCAUCUUGGAGAGUGUUUUGGACGAAGUCCCAGAGGAAAUCCUGGAGGCUGCAGCAGAGGCAGAGCUUGAAGAGGCAGAGCUUGAACUGCCCGAGAACCUCCCAGAGGAUCACCCUGUGUGGCCACAGGACACAGGCCGCCUCCCAAAUCAUGUGGUGCAUGGACCCUACUACUAUUUCUAUCAAGCUGACGACUGCCAGCAAAUGUUCUUGCAUCCAGUGAAUGUGCGCUGUCUGCUGCGUGAAUACGGCAGUCUGGAAGCCAGCCCUGACACGAUCACUGCCAAAGUGGUAGAGAUCGUAGGUCACUCGGUCAAUGAGGAUAUUCGUCGUCGACAUCGCUAUCUUGGCCAUCUGCCUCUCACAUGCGAGUUCAGUAUCUGUGAAUUAGCUUUACAGCCACCGAUAAUCUCCAGAGAGACUUUAGACACUUUUGCAGAUGAUUUGGAGAAAAGAAAACGUCUGAGACAGAAGAAGGCGAGGGAUGAGAAGCGUCGAGAGAAACGCAUUGAAAUGGAGGAAAAUAAGAAGCAGGGGAAAUACCCCGAAGUGCAUAUUGGACUCGAAAACCCACAUCAUUUCCCAGCGUUUGGUUCUCCUCCAGGCGACAGCUGCCUCCAGGUGCAACAUGACUACACCGUUACUCCUCCAUCUCCUCUCAGCUGCAGCCCUCCUGGUGAUGGGGUAGUAUUUCCUGGCCUGACUAGUGAAAACUCAUCUUUACCAGUUGUGGGAAGUGUGGAAGAUGACAGCCACUGCAUGUCCUUUGCACAGAUGCUUAAAGAUGGAAAGGCCAGAGUUGAUUCUGGACAUAGGAUCACUCCAAAAAAAGAUGCGCUGUUGGCUCCACCUGCGGCUGACAGCGAUGGAGAGAGCGACAACUCGGACCGUGUCCCGGUGCCCAGUUUCCAAAACUCUUUCAGCCAGGCUUUUGAGAAAGCACUUAUGGAGCUGGACAGUGGCCCAGCUUCUCACCCCCAAACUGCAGGUGGACAAGAUGAUAAAGGAGCCAAGAAGAAAAAGAAAAAACAGAAGCUUCUUUUCAGUACCUCUAUGUGUUUUGCGCGCCCUGUCUGGGAGUUUGGAGAGGAGUAUAGAUGCCUUUCCCGUUUGGUUUGUCCACUCUAUUGCUAUGACAUUGUUGCUUCUAUACUGCGGGAAUCAGAGCUCCUCCUCGGACGGAUAACAGCCUCGGUGGAGUUUACAUAUGGCUGCUGA